CUUUCAACAUGUUGACAAUGGCAACUCGAAUAUCUUAUAAAGCUUCCUGUAACUACGAUAAGAUGGAUGAUCAGAACUCAAUCUCACAACUCGUUCCCCGGAACAAAGCAAUCACUCGUUCAGCCAAACCCUCACUCCUCCUUUCUCUCUCCUGAAUAACAAUCACCAUCAUGGCGGACCGCUACAUCGCAAUCCACGCCGACCCCAAGGGCCCAGGCGACGCCCGCCCAACAGCAGAACAAAUCCUCGCCGGCGCAACCCUCUACCUGACAGCCCGCAACCUCACCAAAGCACGCAAAGCCCUCGGCGACGAGAUGGUCAAGGACACCGCGCGCGUCCACCUGCUGGAACUCGACCUCGAGUCCUUCGCCAGCGUCCGCGCCUGCGCCGCCGCCUUCCUCGCCAGCACAGACAAGCUCGACAUCCUCGGCCGCACAAAGGACGGCUUCGAGACGCAGUUUGGAACGAACCACCUCGCGCAUUUCCUCCUCUUCAACCUCCCCCAGCCCGCGCUCCUGAAAGCAGCAACCCCAGCCCACGCCUCCCGCGUCGUCAUCGUCUCCUCCGUCGCGCACCGCUUCGGCCAGGUCAACUUUGACAAUGUAAACUACGACGGGUGCUACGAUCCCAUGGCGACCUACGCCCAGAGCAAAACCGCCAACCUCUGGACCGCAAACGAGAUUGAGCGGCGGUACGGGGCUGCUCGGGGGGGCAUCCACGCGCUGAGUCUGCAGCCCGGAGGCGUGAUUACGGAGUUGAUGCGGCAUAUGCCCGAGGAGCAGCAGGACGGGUUCGCGAAGCAUCCCUAUCUCUCCAAGAUCUUCAAGACGGCGCCGCAGGGGGCGUCGACGUCUGUGUGGGCUGCGACGGCAGCGGCGUUGGAAGGUAAAGGAGGGUUGUAUCUUGAGGAUUGUCAGAUUAUUGGGCCGUGGGAUCCUGCUGGGGAGCAGUGGGGUCCUGGGUACGGGGAGCAUGCGUAUGAUGUUGAAAAGGCUACUUUGCUUUGGGAGAAGUCGCUUGCUUGGGUUGGGUUGUGAGACGACUGUUGUCGUUAUGCGCUAAAAAGCGCGCAAGACGUUGAAGGAG